AGUGUUAUAUUGGUCUUACAUGUAAUAUGUUGUAACAAUUUUCGUCGGUUUUCAUCAUAGGUUGGGCAAUCUAUUAUAAAAUGUAGAUCGUUUUCAACGCCUUUAUGACACGUGGGACACAGUCUCUCAUUGACACAGUCUCUCAUUAACUCAUAAACAUCCCAGACUGUCUCAGGCCCAGAACAAAAGGCAUGGGCAGAAUGAUUUACAAUUUUCGUCCCUACAUAUUGUUUGUCAAUGCUAUGGGGUGGAGACAAAUUACCAUGCGACAGGAAAAUUGACGUUUAUAUGUUCGGACGACCUACUACACAUUUCACCAUGGCCAAUGAAAACAACACGUUGUGUCACCUCUGACAUUUUAACUCCUGAACCUUGCAUCUAUGUCAGGAAAAUGAUCAGAGAAACGGAGCAAACAUAAAAUGCACAAUAGGAUAAUCUAAGAACCAGAAGCAACACUUAGCUGUUUGAUUUCGUGAUUCUUGGAUUUAAAAAUUCUGAACUGGAGGACAGACAUGAACACAUACAUAGUCUGAUAGUGUGAUAAAGCACAGAGAUUUGGAGUAAUAGUCUUCUGUUUUCAUUUGUCCUUUUGCUGAACUUACAAAUAUAAUAUUUCCAUUACAUAUAACCAUGUCCUUUUUUUGUCUCACAGUAAGUAAUAAUUACAUCAUUAGCAGAUUGCAUGUAGAUCUUAAUAAUGCCAUUUUCAGAAAAUGUAUGGGCGAUAUACAGAUUUCAUAAUAUCAUAACACUUGUCUAUUAUAAAGGACCAUUUUUCUGAUCCCCAAUCUUUUUACAGGAAUCCUUCUGGUGUCUGACGUCAUACGAGCGUCAUCAUCACCUCAGAGAUGGCGUGAGGUCCAUGAGAACAAAUCGUUGCCAUGGCAACUGACUGGGACUACGCUUUCACUGUCAUCAUCGGAAUUAUCAUCGUUGCGACGGUCAUUGGUAACCUCCUCCUUAUUGUGGUCAUCCUGAAGAACAAAGAAUUGAAGAAAGCCAUCAACAUCCCCCUGGCUAGUCUUAGCAGUUCUGACAUCAUCUUCGCCAUCUUGCUUUGCUUUUGGGCCCAGAAUCACGUGUACCCCGAAUGGGAGACUCCAGCAGCACUGUGCUGGCUUAUUGGGUACCUUACUCCUGUGAUAUGGGCCGUGGCAUCAUGGCACAUGCUGUGUAUCGUCCUUACGUCUUACUUCAAGAUCUGUACCAACAGUACACGUCUGAAGUCCACACGUACGGUCGGUAUCAUGCUCUUCUUCACAUGGUUGAUUCCCGCUGUUACUAUCUUGCCUCUUGUGAUCAUUGAAGAAGUGAAGUUAGACCCGAAGCUGAAACAGUGCGGAGUGUCAAUGUCGGAAAAACUCUGGGCAAAAUUGCUUGUGAUCUUGAUAAACUUCUUCAUCCCGUUCAUUGGGGCCUUCGUCUUUUACGGUCUCAUCGAAAACCAUGUGAGAAAGAGCAAGGAACGUGUUGAAGCUAACAAAAUGGCCGGCCUCAAACCAAACCGUUUGGCAGUGCAAUACUCUCGUGGACAGAAGGAUGAUGCUUCUCCUUCCACGAGCAAUGUAACAAUCACAACGCCUCCACAAAACCCGGAGGAUAAAAAUGUGCGAGAUGAAGAAACAGACAAUGACGGUGUAGGAUCGGAGAUGUACAAAAACUCCUCAGACACAUCAAGUGAUGAGGAACAAAAUGUCACAAAGUCAACUGGGGUCCAUAUCACGUCCCCACCAUGUGACUGUGUCCCUGACUAUGCUGACACCACCCCUGACACCGCCCCUGACUGUGCUGACACCACCCCUGACACCGCCCCUGACGUGUGCUGA